ACAAUCAAAAAUAAAAAAGUAGUAUUUUGGGCGGGACAUUAAAAUGGAACACCCUGCAUGUAUAAACGUAGUUUGGCUUUGACACAAAAUGUACUCCAAGAAUUUUCAAAUUCUCGCACCCGUACAAGUUUCCCCUCUUUCUUCUCUACGUGUGUGCAGUUCUCAUUUUUUAAAAGCGCGCGCAUGUGCAUACACGGUUUUUAAAAUGAGAACUGCGCAUGCGCAGAGGAUUUAACCAAUUUCUGACCGUUUAAAUAUCUUUCAACCGGUAUCAAUUUAAUAUCAAGAGCAAAAAGAAGAAGAUCACGUCAUAAUUAACCCAUUGAUGACGUUUAAGAAAUUGGAGAUGACCUUCACGUAAUCUUCAAGCAACUAUUCAAGGUCGAACUAGUGACACCAAAUACUACUAAAAAGAAGAAGAAGAAAGAAAGGAUCACUUGGUGAUCAAUAUAUAUAUCACAUCCCCGUGAUGAACACACGUGCUGUAAAUAGAGAUGGGACUGUGGACUUUCUAUGGAAAUUGAACGUUGGUUGACUUUAUGAUAAAUGGAUGCCCAAGUUCUACUAUGAAGCUUCUACUAUAGUACUCUCGCUUCUACUAUACUUCCUGUCAUACCAUAUUAUAGUACUCUGUUCUAUUGUACUCGGAAUCUACAAACAUUUUUGUUUGAUGAAUGGGUGCGCAGUACUGCAAAGCUUCUAUUUUUAUAAUACACUGAAAUCUGAAAAUUGCAGCAACACACAACGUAUAACAUGUGAAAAGUAUCCUCCAAUUGUCUUUAAGGGUCGCAUUCAGUACGUUACUGAGUUUGUCGAUUGUGCUUUUAUCUGCAAUAAUCUUUUAGAAGAGAUAAAUCGUAGCGAGAAGGAUAUUGUGCCACUAGGUUUCGAUUUAGAAUGGCCUUUCAGUUUCCAAACUGGCAGCGGAAAGACAGCCUUGGUGCAAAUUUGUCUGGAUGUAGACGUGUGUUACCUUCUGCAUAUUUAUACCCUGAAGAAGCUACCAGCAGCCUUUGUCGAACUUCUGUGCCAUCCAAAAGUCAAGCUCGUUGGCGUCAACAUUAAAAACGACGUGCGGAAACUGGAAAGAGAUUUUAAGGAAUUCCCUGGUCAGAAAGUAGUAGAUAACAAUUGUUUGGAUUGCGGACCAUUCGCUAAUGAGCGCUUGAUGCGAUCUGGUCGUUGGAGUUUAGAAAGACUGACCGCUCUAGUGUUGAAAAAGAAAAUCGACAAGAAUCCCGAAGUGCGAAGGAGUAAGUGGCAUGUGCAACCCCUCAACGAUGCUCAGAAGAUCUACGCAGCCACAGAUGCUUACGUCUCCCUUCUGAUUUAUAAAGAACUUGAAAACCAUGUGUGUACUACCUCUUGAAUACCUAAUCCC